UCGAUGCUGAGCUGACCUCACUGCGUCACAAGUGCCUCCGAGUCUCUCUCUCUCUCUCUCACGUAGACUUUCUCGGAUUCACUGUCUGCUAUCUAUUGUGCCCGUGCAGCCACCCCGCAAUCAGAUCAACCAUGGCAAAGCCCACAUCCCGCUUCGUCCAGUACCUCACCCCUGAACAGGAGGAUGAGCUCAGACAGAUCGCCAAUGCCAUUGUGGCCCCAGGAAAGGGCAUUUUGGCGGCUGAUGAGUCCGUUGGCACCAUGGGCAAGCGUCUCCAGAACAUCAACCUGGAGAACUCUGAGGACAACCGCCGCAAGUACAGAGAGCUUCUGUUCACAGCCGACAGCGCCGUGGCCAGUAGCAUCAGUGGUGUCAUCCUCUUCGACGAGACAUUCAGACAGAGCACUGCUGACGGAAGACCGUUUGUUCAGGUUCUGAAGGAUCAGGGUAUCAUUCCGGGCAUCAAGGUAGACAAGGGUGUGGUUCCCCUGGCCGGUUCCCUCAACGAGUGCACAACACAAGGUCUGGAUGGCCUGGCGGAGCGCUGCGCCGAGUACAAGAAGGGCGGCUGUGGCUUCGCCAAGUGGCGCUGUGUCCUCAAGAUCUCCGAGUUCACCCCGUCCUACCAGGCAAUGAUUGAGAACGCCAACGUUCUGGCCCGCUAUGCCAGCAUCUGCCAACAGAAUGGCCUUGUGCCCAUUGUUGAGCCGGAGGUGUUGCCCGACGGAGACCAUGACCUUGAAACAGCACAGAGAGUCACUGAGCAGGUGCUGGCCUUCCAGUACAAAGCUCUUGCUGACCACAACAUCUUCCUGGAGGGCACCCUGCUGAAGCCCAACAUGGUGACCGCUGGUCAAGGCUGCACCAAGAAGUACACUGCUGCGGACAUUGCCAAGGCCACAGUGACCGCCCUCAACAGGACUGUGCCCGCUGCUGUUGCUGGCAUCACAUUCUUGUCCGGUGGUCAGUCGGAGGAGGAUGCCACUCUCAAUCUGAACGCCAUCAACCAGUACGCUGGACGCAAGCCCUGGCCACUCACCUUCUCUUACGGCCGUGCCCUGCAAGCCAGUGUAUUGAAGGCCUGGGGAGGCAAGGACGAGAACGUCAAGGCUGGACAACAGGAACUCCUCAGCAGAGCUUCCGCCAACGGUGCUGCUGCUGUGGGCAAGUACGGCGGUUCAUCUGGCAGCGCUGCCGGAGGCGACUCUCUCUUUGUGGCCAACCACGCCUACUAAACCGGGGACUGGAAAUCGGCAAGAACCGCCUCGGGAGUACCAUCAUCCGCAAUAUGCAGUCGCAAGGAUACUUUUUUCAACCCAUUUGUGGUCUUCCUCAAAUGUUUUCUUGUGAUAAUUUGUUAAUAAAAAGCUUGUGAUUCUUCUCAGUACCUAUCUACUACUACACCAGCAUGAAUUACACCUCAUUUUGGUAGAUGAAUGGGCUGUAAGGUUUUUAAAGACAUUCGCGACCUUGUGCAGUUGUGAGCGCCGUAAAACCCUUACUAAACUAACUAAAAAAGACAUUUGUGGCCACGGCCCUGAGGACUAUAAACAUGAACUUUUUAUAGAUUUCCACAUUCUAUAUUCUUGUGCCAGCCCCAGGGUCACAAGCAAAAUCAAGUGAUUUUAUUUCUCUUUGAUGUCGUAUGGCUCAUCAUAAUGACACCAUGAGUUUCAGUAAAUAACUACAAGCUUUAAAUCUCUCGGAAUUGAAACCCGACCAGAAUGGAAAGAACCCUAAAAGACUGAGAAGGUCAGCAAUCAAUUUAUCGGGUCUCUUGUUCUGGGUAAUGUUUGGGGGUGACGUUUUUGGAGGGACGUUCAGUUUAUGUAUCAUACAUAUGUACAUCACUUUCCAUCCUUCUCCUUUUUUUUUAGGGUUUGUUUUUUUUUUUUUGGUGUCACUUUGAGCUAUUAGAGUUGAUUGUUAGUCCCCCCUCCCUGUUGUUGAAUUUGCUGUUUUUGUGUCAAUAAAUGUGCUAUCAAGGUGCUGCCCCGGUCUCCGGUGCUGGGGACUUGGGGGACCCUGGAGUGCGUCCGCAGAAGAUGCAGGGUCCCCAGAUUUACUGCUCUUUUGUAGGACUGUUGUUGAGUUUCUUCUGAGUUGAGGGAUUGUCAUGUAUAUAUUUAUAGAGUCUAGAUGUACAGGACAUCUUUUUACUGACUGUUAUUGUUUUUUUCCCUAAUAUUUCUUUAUUGUGUAUGGUAGUGUUGGUUUAUAUUUUCUUACUUGUAGGAAAUUCUGUCAUACACCUUUUUUUUUUUUUUUGCUUUCAGAUCUCUAAAAAAGAAGAUCAGAAAAUAGAAAAUUUAUUUGUGAUAGGCUGUGAUUUGAUAAAGUUCCAUACAAUCCAUGUUCGGCUUUUUUUUUAGAAAUAGUCGUGGUUAUCUAUUGGAACUGACCUUUUCUGUAAGAUUUAUUUGUGCUAAUAUAGUGGGGCUACCCACUCUUUCCCCUUUCUUCUAUGUGUGAUAUAGACAGUGACGAAGAAUAAAUAUUAAAUGUUUCAUAA